AGCCGAGGAAGGCCCCGAGAGAGGUGGGAAGGUGGGGUUCCAGACCUUUGAAUCUUCGGUCCAAAAAUAUUUAAAACGUUGAGGACAGAUAAAGAAUUGCCAACUUUAUAAACAGAGUGGAGACUUCAGCAUGUAGGUGGUCCAUAGUGGGAAUGGAAAACCCCUAAGGAGGGAACCUUGGAAACACCAGGAUUUAACAGAUUGGGAGAACAGUGUGUCCUUAAGAAGACUAUCUUUCAAGAAAUACAGUCACUGGGGGGUGAUACUAGAGUCACAAUGGAGGUUCCCCCAGCAGCCAAGUUUGGUGAGACCUUUGUGUUUGAGGACGGCUUAGAGAUGCAGCAAGAAUUCUUCCCAGAGGAAGACCUGGGGGACCCUUUUCUUCAGGAAAGAGGUUUAGAGCAAAUGGCUGUUAUUUAUAAGGAGAUCCCUCUCGGGGAGCAAGACGAGGAACAUGAUGAUUAUGAGGGCAAUUUCAGUCUGUGCUCAAGUCCUGUUCAGCAUCAGAGUACCCCCCCAGUAAACAGAUCCCAGGAUGAUGAAAUCUUCAACCCAACCUUAUUCCAGAAAUCAGACCUUAGUAUGUGUCCGAUAAUCCACAGUGGAGAGGAACCCAAUAAACACAGUUGUGAGAAGGCAAGCAGGGCACACUCAGGACCUAACGAACCUCACAGAACUGCGCCACCUGCAAAACCCUAUGCGUGUCGGGAAUGCGGGAAGGCCUUCAGCCAGAGCUCACACCUUCUCAGGCACCUGGUGAUUCACACCGGGGAGAAGCCCUACGAGUGCUGUGAGUGCGGGAAGGCCUUCAGCCAGAGUUCACACCUUCUCAGACAUCAGAUAAUUCACACUGGGGAGAAGCCCUACGAAUGUCGGGAAUGCGGAAAGGCCUUUCGCCAGAGCUCAGCCCUCACACAACACCAGAAAACCCACACUGGGAAGAGACCGUAUGAGUGUAGGGAAUGCGGGAAAGAUUUCAGCCGGAGCUCAAGUCUCAGAAAACAUGAGAGAAUCCACACAGGAGAGAAACCUUAUCAGUGUAAGGAAUGUGGGAAAUCCUUCAACCAAAGCUCUGGCCUGAGCCAGCAUCGGAAAAUCCACACCUUGAAGAAGCCUCACGAAUGCGCUCUCUGUGGGAAAGCCUUUUGUCACAGGUCCCACCUCAUUCGGCACCAGAGGAUUCACACUGGGAAGAAACCUUACAAAUGUGAAGAGUGUGGGAAGGCCUUCAGCCAGAGCUCCAACCUCAUUGAACAUCGCAAGACCCACACCGGCGAAAAACCCUACAAAUGCCAUAAGUGUGGGAAAGCCUUCAGCCAGAGCUCCUCCCUCAUCGAGCACCAGCGCAUCCACACUGGGGAGAAGCCCUAUGAGUGCGGCCAGUGUGGGAAGGCCUUCUGCCACAGCUCUGCCCUGAUUCAGCACCAGAGAAUCCACACUGGGAAGAAACCCUACGCGUGCAACGAGUGUGGCAAAGCCUUCCGGCACAGGUCAGCCCUUAUUGAGCACUAUAAAACCCACACCAGAGAGAAGCCCUAUGAGUGUAACAAAUGUGGCAAGUCCUUCAGGGGAAGCUCACAUCUUAUUCGGCAUCAGAAAAUCCAUGCUGGGGAGAAGCUCUAGAAGGAGGCGCUCACACCAAAGCUUGAAACCCUUUCCCAGAUGGAACCCACACCCCAUCGCCUUGUCUGUAAGACCCCACCCACCUCCCUGAUCCCAGGGCCGAAUGGAAACGUGCUAUCCCCAGAGCUUCUGGCCACCCACGCUGGCAGCCAGGUCCCCUCGUUCCCCCCGCCCUGCCCAGGCGCCCCACACGCAGCAGGUUUACUGAAUGGGAGGGAGGGUGGAGUAAUGGGAAGGCUGCUGAAUCAGAGGCACACCCAAAAAGAGACCUGGCCUCUGAUUUGACUCCCAAGCCUGUGAAAUUGAGUUUUGCCAUCUCUUCGCCUUUGUUAAAAUCCAGAAGAAUAAACACCAGAGGGAGAAAGUUGAGUUAAAUGUACAAAUAUGUCAGAUGAACUCUCUAACGUCAGCUGCAGUCUGGCACUUUGAGAAGACAGAACUGUGCUCACAGUCUGAAUCCACUAAAAAAUGAAUCUGAAAGUAGCUAUGUUAACAGCAAAAUGGAAUCUUCCACCUGGCUUGGGCACUGGUGGGGACAACCAAAACAGGUUACAGAAGAGAGGGAGGGUCUGGAAGGAUUCAUUCUGGGUUGGGGAAGGGCGUGGCGAGCCCCUGGUGUGGUCUCUUAAUCCCUGUUCUGGGUUAGAGUAAGGGUGGUUUCUGGCAGAUGGCCUUCACAGGACAGUAGAGGUUUGGUCCUGUAGGCCAGAGGACAUUUGACCCUGGCUUUGACUCAGCCUGGCAUAAGGCAUCAGUGCCCUCCAGUUAUGACCCCUCCACAAGACCUAGGGCUCCCGAGACCACAGUGUGCCUUGGUUGGCACCGUUUCUGGUCUGGGUGCUCUGCAGCCACCUCUCUGCUCUCCAGUGCUGGGGGACCUAGGAAGCAGGGCGAUUCAGUCAGAGGUCCCAGUUCAGUCCCCAGGUCUGCCCCUCCUACUUGUGUGAUCUUGAAGAAGCUCCAACGCUCUGUUUCCCUAUCUAUGAGAUGGGGAUAUUGGGACCUGGCCAACUCCUGUUCAGAAUGAAACCACCCAUGAAGUGCUUUGGCAACUGGCAGUUGAGGAUGGAGACCCAGAGGGACCCUUGCCCCACCCAGAGAUCUAUUUCCUAAAAGCUGGAAAGGCAUCCCUGCUGUUCCCCAGAUGGCAGGGCCUGCAGCCCACCCUCUCGUUGAACCGGGGCUUAGGCUUUUCUUCACUCCCUCCAGCCUGUAUACUGGGCUGUGGAUGCCCUUUGGGGCCACCUCCCAGACAGGGACCCUUUCCAGAUGCCAUCCUGAACCUCUCCCCAGAAGCAGUGUGGUCUGUGUGGUCUGUGUCCCCAUACUUCUGUCCUCUCCUCAGGCAUUGUUCAAAAAGUACCAUUGUCUAUUGCCUGCCUAGACCAAUUCAGUCGGCAUCCCCAGAGGUGGGGCUCAGACAGUGGUGUGUUUUUAAAGCUCCCCAGUGAUUAGAAUGUUCCAGUAGGUAGCCAGGAUGUGAGCCCUAUGCUAGGCAUCUUGCAACCCCAGCAUCUCCCAAAUGUCAGGCCUGCUUGCCGUGAGCAGAGUUUGAAGGUGGCCAUUCUGUCUCAGUCCCCAUGCCUCCCAUCCGCCAGGAAUGGGCUCAGGCUGUGCAGUGUCUGGUGGUUGAGAGGUGUUUGUCCCAAGUCCUCAGGCCUUCAUGUAGCCACCGGGAUCUCUUUGGUACUGCCUUCCCCCAGGCUCCUCAGAGGCAGACUGAGCGAUUCUGAAGUUUUCCAAAAGUUUAUAUCUGGAAUCCCAUUACCCCCAUCAUGGGAAUACUGGCUAUUUCAGCUAAUCAGAAGCUCAGUUUGGUGGUCAUAUAUAGUUUUGAUGAAUAAAAAUGGACAAGUAAUUGUUACUUAGCAAGUGGAGCUUGGCAGGCUGGAGAUUUUAAAAGGCCAGGUCUCCGGCUGGGGGGAUGACAGUGGGCGUCCCAGCCAUGAGGACAGCAGCCACUCCUGUCCAGCUCCUCUCUGUUGCGUGAAUGUGUGAAACCUUGAGCCAGCACCUGGGUCUCCUAGAACCUACCAUACCACCAGCUAGACUGGCCUGACUGGCUGGCCCCGGGCAUUGUCUGCAUGUGGCCUGUGCUGCAGGUCUUCAGUCACUUACUAAGAGUGCAGAGAGAAUUGAGACCCCUGCUCGGCGUGGGUGGGAGAGCAGCCCCCUCCCCAAGAUCUACCUCCUCGCGCCCCCGCCCCCCAUUCGGCCUCACCUUGGCCAGGCCUGACCUUAUCUGGCAGUCAUUGAUUUCCUACCUUUGAUGUCUCUCUCCGUGUGCUUCUGCACACCCUAGCCAAAUUGAUUUUCUUAAAGCAUCUCUUUGCACAUGCCACCACGCUCCUUAAAGCCAACCCUCAGGGGCUUUUCUGCACAUAAGCCCCCAUUUCAGCCAAUCUGGUUUGCUCCUUCUGAACAGACCACAGGGGGUUCACGCCACCCUGCCCAGAUGCUCCCCCCUCUCCCAGCUUCCCUUACCUCAUUUUAUGCCAUUCUUGCAUUUUGGAAUAUGCACUUUCUCCUCCUCCUGGUCCCCCCUCGCCAUCUCCUCCUUCCUCUUAACAAUUUAUGUAACAUGGGGAUUGAGACCCCCUUUCUGAAGGGUUGACAGAUUCUCACAUAACCAUGGUAGGACCAGGUACUUUUCAAAGUGUGAGCAGUACCUUCUGUUCACAUUCCUUUACUGUUUUACAUAUUUUUAAAUCCUUCAAUUUAUUUAGGUUCUUGAACAGUGUAAUAUUACAAGAGAACAUCCUGGUAAUAUUUUAAUCAUCCUUGGAUUUAGUUGUUGUUUUAUGUUUGUCUUACAUUUUUUUCCUUAUGGCAGAUGUUGAGUGUUGUAAAGCUCCAACUCUUGAUUUUGUUGACUAAUCGAAUGGUUUUGUCGAAGUGUAUGUACUCUGCUCUUUUUUUUACUUCAUAUUUUACAUUUCUGAAAUUAUUUAGGUAUAGCUAAUCAUAUUUUUAAUGUUUCUAGUAAACGCAGGUACUUUGGUCUAGGACUUUUUUCUUAGAGCUUUUUCUGCACUCUGUCAGUUUGACAUGUGCACGUUUUUGUUACCAUAUGAGGAAUUUUCUCUUGGCCCAAGUGUUGUUAUUUUUUCUAUAUUUCCAAGUGAUGAAUGCAUAGGUCAUUGCUGUUCUUUCUUACUGUGUUGUGGUGUCAACAUUUCUAAGUGUCCAUAGAACCUACUCUGGGCCUGAAGAUAUGAUCAAUUUUUAUAAAGCAUUUGUGUACUCUCAAGAAAUGGGUUUGUACUCCAUCAGUUCUAUUUGUUAACUUGUUUUUAAAUUACUUUAUUCAAAUUCAUACUUCCUCUGUUGUUUACAGUUCUUAACUUGGGUCUGCAGACUGCCUAGGAGUCCGUGAGCGCGCAGGUUUAUUUUAGAGGCAGCAUGGAGGAAUGGAACAAAACUGGGUGGUUACAUGUGUGAAAGAAUUGUUUGGGGCUGGGGGUUGGGGGACCUGUAGCAUUCACCACAUUUUGGAAAGGCUCUGUGAGCCCCAAAAUAGUUAAGAACACUCAUUGACAUGAUCAAAUCAUAGUCUGAUUUUGUGUUUUUUACUUUAUUUCUGUUUCACUUAAAUUUGCUUCUGUUUUAUGUUCGUUGUUGCAAUGUUAGAUGUGCACUUUCUCAAACCCUUUUUGAGAAAUAGGGUUAUCAUUAAGUAAGUACUAGGAUAUUUGGAGCAUAUAUAUUUAAUAGUAAUAUAUUGAAAAAAAUUGUGCCUUUUAGUGCCCUUUGCCUCUUUUAAUUCUUCUAGCUUGAAUUUUUCUUUUCCAGAUACCAUAAUUGAAGCCCCUUGCUUUUUUCAAUUUGCAUCUAUCUGCAUGAGAGUUGAUUUUGCUCAGCAUUUUCAAAAUUUGUGUAUAUAUUUUGCUGUAUAACUUAUAAACAGCAAAGUGUUGGAUUUUAUUUUCUGAUUCUUUCUGUAAUUUUUCUUUUUAUGCAAGAAGUUCUCAUAUCACAAUUUAGAGUAAGGCAUAAUUUAUCUUCAUACCUCUAUUUUAAUAUAGAUGAACUCAUUUAACCCAAAAAGGCCAUGCUCAUUUAAUGUCCAUCUUUAGGAGUUAUUCACCAUGUGUGGAAUUUUAUUUCUGGGGAGGCUGAUGGUCUGCCGUUGGGCACACCUGCUCCUUCCUGCCUUUGUCAGUGCCAGGCUCUGUCCUGAUCCCACUCUUAAAGUCAGCCUCUGGCUUCAGUGCUCUUGGCUCUAACCCGGAGGAAUGAUGCCACCUCACAACCCUGUGGAGCUCAGGGGAGAUAGAAAUACAAACCUGCAUGUCAGACUGGGGGCAUAGAGGAUUUGUACGCUAUUAGUGUUUUGAAAUGUUUCUUUAAUUUGCUGUUCUUCCUCCCAAAGUUCUUUCAGCAU